CACACACACACAUCCAUGUGCAGACACACAUGCACGCAUACAUAAAUGCACAGCUCUUCAAAGCCAAGUGGUUUUCACAGACAUCCAAUUACACUAAGAGAUGACAUCUGGCGAACUGCAGCAGAUAAAUAAGGUGAAAGGAAAGACAAGAUUCAGUCACCUCAGAGAAACUCCAGAUAACCAGAGAGAGCACCGCUGAUAGAGAUAGGAGAGAGGGAGAGGCAAAGGAAAGAGGGAGGGGGCCAAAGGAGAGGGAGCCACACACAGGAGGAAAGAAGAGAGGCAGCGCACUGCUCCGGCACUCAGACUCCGAGAGGCAAGGACAGAGGAGAGAUAGGGAGCUCAGCUCACUGACAGACGCACAACUAGAGAGGGUAGAGAGACGAGAGCUCCCGGGCUCAGUUACACACUCAAGUGACUUCAAACCAGCUCCGACAAAACAAAGAGACAGAGAGAGAAAAGAAGAGAAGAAAGUCUGGAUCCCGAGACUCUUUCUGUGGCCCUCCGUGCGUGGAUUUCUCUGGACAUUUUAUGAGAAGCAGCAUUAAUCCUUUUUUUUUUUUGACUUCCUGUUUUUAUUUAUUCAUUUUGUACUCAACACUUUGGCAUCUUUUAUCCAGACCUCCUUUCGCCUUCCUGUUAUCCAUCUCCCUGGACUGGAGGAGAUAAAUGGUUUGGGACAUGUGUGUGGAGUAGAUUUUAGUGGCAUACAUGAAUGAACUGAUAUUUACCCUGUGUGUGUCUUUGGAUGCGAGCGUAUAGGUGUACAUUGAAACUUUAAAAAAAAGGGGGGGGGGAUUUUGAGUGUGAGCGCGUGUGUGUGUGUGAGCAACCAGGGGCAAAAAGCGUCAGUUUUGGGAGGAGAGGGAGGACGCGGCGAGAGGUCUUUGAGAAAAGCCCCCCGGUUGUUCCUGUUGCGAGGUGAUCUGAGUUAUGGAUGUGGACACAUUCCUGCGGCGCUUGUGAGGAAUAAACAGAACCGGGGACUACAGCAGAGCCAGCCACAACACUGCGGGCUUCCCCACCACCAGUGACUGCAUCCAUCACCACUCGUAUUACUGACAACUCUACAUCUGCUACCAAGAAUCUCUGAUCACAUCUACUGCAGUCUUGGACCCAACUAUUCUACAGGUUUUUAUACCACAGUCCCAGUGAGGUUGUGGGUCUCAAAACAUAGGAGGUGUAGUCAGUCGGUCGGGGGAGUUUCUCCCACUCUCAUUCCCUCUCCCUGCACCCAGCUCAGCAUGCCCCAGCCCCUGAGCACCUCCACAGCUCUCCCAGCUCCACUACCAUGUGUAGAUGGACAGUGACACAAGGUGCACCGGUCGCCUGGUUCUCCUCCUGCCCCUGCUGCAGACCUCCUUCACUCCUUCUCUCCCUCACCUUCCUCAUCCUGCUUCUCCUGCUCGGACCUUCCUCGCCCUCGCCCCUGUCUGCUUCUUCAUCAUCGCUGUUGUCGCCGCCGCUGGACUCUGAAAAGAACCACGAUGCACCAGGAGGGACACCUCCUCGCUUCUUCACCUCACACCCGCCACCUUCCUCAUCACCCGCACCCCUGCACGCAUCCUCUGCGAGGUUGCCACGGGCGACCAAUGUAUCAUCGUCCUCCGCGACGGUCGUCGGGCGCCACGUGCGGAGCAGCUACAACCAUCUACAAGGAGAUGUGCGCCGGAGGAAACUGUUCUCCUACCAGAAAUUCUUCCUUCGCAUUGACAAGAGAGGAACAGUUAAUGGCACCAAAAGCGAGGACGAUCCAUACAGUAUUUUGGAGAUCAAGUCAGUGGAUGUGGGAGUGGUGGCCAUCAGGGGCCUCAGCAGUAACCACUACCUGGCAAUCAACAAGAAGGGAGUGCUAUACGGAGCGAGGGACUUUGGUCCAGACUGUCGUCUGAUUGAACGCAUUGAGGAGAACAAAUACAACACCUACGCUUCGGCAGAGUGGCGCAACAAGAAGAAGCACAUGUUUGUGGGACUGAACGCCAACGGAAAGCCAAUGAAGGGGAGGAAGACACGGAGGAAAAACACAGCCACUCACUUCCUGCCCAUUGUGGUUCAACCACGAUGAUUGGACAUGUCAGCCGUGGGAGAGCUCUGCAGACUGCGGGGUAUCAGACUUUUUUGGAGUUACGGUGAUGGUUAACAUUGGACAGAUCUGGAUGGGAUCUGAAUGAUGCACUGAGGAGGAAAAGAACGGAAACCUAGAGACAUCUAUCUCUGUUGGAUAAAGACAUUUCUAUUUUUAAAGAAAGAUAAGAUAUAUUGGUAUACAAUGUAUAUAUUAUUUUCUGUUUUAAGUUAUAAAGUACAUAGGCACAGUAGAAAAUAUGAAAAGAAAUGACUUCUGUGCCAAAAUGUGAUUUAGUAACUCACAUUUCUAGAUUUGUGUACAUGUGAAGCGCUUGACUGGGAAGAAAUUAAAAUGAAAAGAAAUGACAGAGGGAAAAGAUGUAAGAGAGGAUAAUGGGGGGAAAGAAGAAGUAAUGAUGGAAAGCUGACUGAUAAAAGGAGAAUGAGACAAGAGAGGAAGGAAAGAAGAAAACGGCGGUCGAGAAGACUUCGUCAAGAAAGCACCAACACAGGAGCAAGUCUAACGCUAUCAUGUUUUUUCUUUAAAUUUAUUUAUUUUGUGUAAUAUUUAACAAAAAACAAAAACACAAAAAGGACAAAGUCUUGUCUUUUUUUCUUUUUUUUUUUUUUACCAUUUAUGCUUCUCUUUUUGAAUACUAAUCAUUUAAACCUGAAUAAAUAUAAGAAAUAUAUUUGUCUUUAACUUGUUUGACUGACUGAAUCUUUUUUUUUUUUUAAGAUAUUUUCUCGGUUCAGUUACUGGUUGCUCAUAUUGUAAAUACACAGAAAAGAGAUAGAAAUAAAUACCAUGAAGACCAUGAAA